AUGGGUCAUGGGCCGGGCCUGAUUAUACCUAUAAAUACUACAAGUCAAACUGAAAGAACUCUAUUUGUGCAAAGCUUUAGAUUUCAUGGAAGUCAACAACGACAUAGCAAAUUAAAAAUGGGAUCAGAACUCAACCCAGAUUGGACUGAGUUGACUUGGGAAUGUCUCAUCAACAUAUUCUCACGGUUGAGCAUGGAACAAAGGUGGGGUGGACCUAUGUUGGUUUGCAAGACGUGGAUGAACGUGUGCAAUGAUCCGUUGCUUAACUCGGUCUUCGAUCUCGAGACUGGGUUUCUAUCUUCCAUCGAAACGUGGAACUGGUGGACUUCCGAAUUUGCGGAAAAAGUGGACUCAACGCUCAUGUCUGUUGUUGAACGAAGCAAGGGUGGUCUCAAAGAGAUUCGAGUGAGGCAUUGCACAAAUGAAUCUCUCUUUUAUGUGGCUGAUAGAUGCCCUAAUCUUGAAGUACUUUCGGUUAAGCACUGCCCAAAUGUUACAGCUGAACCAAUGAAGAUGAUUGCCUUAAAGUGCCCUAAGAUCAUGGAACUUGAUUUAAGCUGCACUUAUGCAAUAAGUCAUGAGUGUAUGGUAAUGUUUGGUGAGAAUUGCAAGAAUCUUCAGGUUAUGAAACGAAACAAUGUGCCUUUAUCCGAGGUCUGGAUGUUUGAGUCUUAUGAAAACUACAUGGCGAAUCAACCUAUCUUUACUCUAGUGAACAUUGAUGCUCAUGCGAUUGGGUUUUACAUGCCUCAGCUUAAGCACCUGGAGGUUCGAUACUUAAAAAUGAGUGAUAAUGCUCUUGCUUGUAUUUGUAAAAACUGUAAGAAAUUAGAGUAUCUGGACUUGUUCGGGUGUCCAAACUUGACGAUGAGCGGUGUGAUUAACAGUACCUCGACUUUGAAGAACUUGAAGGAGCUCAAGAUGCCGGAUUUUACAGGUUAAUUAUUUUCGUUAAUUUCCUAUGGUUUUGUGUUAAUGCUAUUUUUUCUUCUUAGUUGAACAUGUCAGUUAAACUCUUCUUUUGAGGUUUCCUUUACUUUUUCUUUUAGUUGGACAAUAAAUAACUAUUUUCAUUUGUAAUAAGAUGAUUGGAUUAUAUUA